AUGAUCUUGUUGGAUUACCCAGCCAAGGAUUGCGAGACGAUCCGCGGGCAGUGGAAGGCCUUUGAGGAGAUGUUGGCGGCGGGGCAAACCAAGAGCCUGGCAGUGAGCAACUUUUCGCCCGAACAACUGGAUUGCAUUUUGGCCAAUCCGGAUGCUACUCGCCCAGUCUUGAAUCAGUUGCCCUACUCCCUGAAGAACUAUGACACCAAAGUUGUGCAGGACAACGCAAAGCGUGGUGUGUUGGUCCAGGCUUGGGGGCCCUUGGGCAGUGGCUCCCUGGGGCUGAGCGCCUCCUCCACCUGUGAGGAGAUCGGCAUCAAGUAUGGGAAGACAGCGGCUCAAGUGGCGUUGCGCUGGAUCAUUGACACGGGCGCGACGUUCACGACGCAGUCUAAGAAGAAGGAGCACAUGCAGGAAGAUUUGGAUAUCUUUGACUUCCAGCUCACCAACGAAGAAGUUUUACAACUGAGCGACAUCAGCAACAGUGUUGGAGGACGCCUGAGCGCUGCUGCAGACAUCGUGGUGCCAGCGGGUGGUGCACUGGGCGGUGCGCUCCUGCUCUCCUCCUUCCUGGAUUCCUUUGACAAGAAGGGAGACGAGGAUGAUGGAGCAUUGAGGGCGUCGCUGAAAAAGGAAGAGGAGGAAAAGAAGGCCCAGGCGAAGAAGAAGAAGACGGAGGAAGAGGAGGAAGAGGAUGAUGGCGCACUGUGA